AGGCGGCAAAAUUCAUAUAGCCAGACGUUAGCUCCAAGUUGACGUUAGAACGAAAACAAUUGACUUUCUUCAUCUUCCACAUUUUAAGCCUUGAUAUUAUGGAUAAAAUUAUUUGGUAACGCUUAACAAUAUUUACCAAGAGGUUUCGCAAGUAACCACUGCGAGUUGAAAAUGGAGUCCUUGCACUCUGACAAAAAUGAUGAAAACAGUGGAGGCUCCUACAGGAGACGAAUAUCUUCUAUUCUUAAAACUCCACAUAAAUCUGCAAGAUUCCCAGAUCCAAAUCAACAGGAAAAUGAGGUUGAAUGUGCCAAACCAGCUGAUAAAAGAAAUUCCAGAAGAGUGACUUUUGCACUAGCCAAUGAUGUUCUUCUUUAUUCCAAGGAUGCGAAAAAUGCCUCGCUGGUCCGAAGUCCAUUCCAAGAGUUAAUGUCAGCGUCAGUGCCAGCAGAAAAUAGUGCCCAAGUGUCAGUUAGUGAAGAUGGGAUCCAUCAAAAAAUGGGAAUGGACCCACUGAUAGGUGCACCUCUUCAUGUCUAUGAACAAAAAGGAAAUGCCUACAUUGAACCAGGAGAAGUCUUUGGAGAGAAAACAGUGACGUUUAGUGGGGAGGAUAGCUUCGUGGAGAUGACCCAAACUCAAACAAUCAACAUCACUGGCCAUCAAGACUAUCUUGUAGGUGCUUCACAGAACAAUAGAACCUUGCUUUCUUGUGGAAAGAAUACAGCAAUGUCCUCAGAAGAUGGCAAAUCAAUGGAAUUGAGUCUCGGUCACGGCGCAAAUGUCGCAAGAGAGUUGCACGAUAGAGUUGCGUCAUCGGCGCGAAGUUUUGACCCUUGUUUCAACAACUUGCUUGCUCGUAUUCCAAGCCCAUAUGGAUCAAGUGUUGAACCAGAUGAAACCACGGUGAACAUCUUGAACAUUACAACAGUAGAUGUGGAUAAGGAAAAUCAAGAUCCAACUUUGGUUCUUUCUGAAACGGGGACUAUUGGAGUCUGUCAAGAUGAAGAGAGCAAGACGGAUAUGACAGUUACUCACACGGGCCACAUUGCAGGAUUGAAAGAUGAUGCUGAUGAUCCCUUUGGGUGUUUUUUCCCCCAACAAGAAAUGUAUUCCCAGUCUGGGACGGCAUCACAAGCAAGCCACAACACAAAGACCCUGCAGAAACACACCAGAAUCACCCUGGGAUCACCCAAUCUAAAAGAUACUUUAAAAAGACAAUCCACAGAGAAGAAAAUGAUAUUCACUGCAGAAGAUGCCUGUAUGGACAUGACAGAUGGAAAUUUUGACGAUUUUUUCCGUGAAGAAAAAUCUGGCCUUUUUGCAUCAUCUACGGAAAAGAAAGACAGAGCGACUACUGGCCAAUCGGCUUCAUCUGAAAAAAAUGUGGACCCCAAAUUUGAAGAAUUCCUUGCAAAAGUCUUCAAAACAGAUGGCACCAAAGUUAAUCCUGGACAUUCUGGCCCUCUCGCUAAGGCAACUGAGGAACCAUUUAAUGGAAGUCCAAUCCAUCCCAAAGAUGACUUGACCAUAGAUAUGACAGAAUUUCAAAGAUGCGAUAUCCGACGUUGCCUGCCUGUGCAAGUGAGGCAUCCUAAAUGUCAACAAACCGCAUUUCAUCGGUUGUUCCCUGACACUUUACCUACCAGUGACGAGAGAACUGUGAGGUUCACAGCAAAUGACGGUACAAUGGAUAUGACCCAAAGUCUUAAAGUAAACAUUGAUACGCCAUUUGAAGCAGGCACACUCAAAAAUCCUGGAGGAGAGAAUACAGUCAUUGAGUUUUCAGCAAAUGACGUAGCGACGGAUGUGACGCAAAGCCUCACGGCAGCAAUUGAUACUCAACUGGAGCCAGAAGUACCAAAAAGUAUCCGUGGUGUACCUGCAGGAGAAGAAAAAACGAUUAGGUUUUCAGAAAAUGACACGGCGAUGGAUAUGACGCAAGGCCUCGCCGCAGUGAUUGACACUCCCUUUGAACCUGAAGCACAUCACAAUGCUAGAAAAGAGAAACCUGUCAGGUAUUCAUCAAAUGGUAUUGAGAUGGAUAUGACGGGAAACCUGACCGCAAAUAUUGCUACACAUUUGGAACUAGGAGCACCCCACAAUGAGCCUACUGGAAAAGAGAAAACAAUCCAGUUUUCAGUCAAACAUGAUGCAAUGGAUAUGACACAAAGCCUCACUUUAGUAAACGAUACUCAGUCCGAGCCAGAAGUACCAAAAAAUGUCCACCGUGAACCUGCUCGAGAAGAAAAAACGAUCCAGUUUUCAGCAAAUGACGCAGCGAUAGAUGUGACGCAAAGCCUCACGGCAGCGAUUGAUACUCAGCUCGAGCCAGAAAUACCCCAAAAUAUCCGUCGCGUACCUGCUGGAGAAGAAAAAAGAAUCAGGUUUUCAGCAAAUGACGCAGCAAGGGAUAUGACGCAAAGCCUCACGGCAGCAAUUGAUACGUGGCUUGAGCCAGAAGUACCAAAACAUAUUCGCCGUGAACCUGCUGGAGAAGAAAAAGUGAUCAGGUUUUCAGCAAAUGACGCAGCGAUGGAUAUGACGCAAAGCCUCGCCUCCGUAAUUGAUACUCAGCUCAAGUCAGAAGUACCCAAAAAUAUUUGUCAUGUACCUGCUGGAGAAGAAAAAAUGAUCCGGUUCUCAGCAAAUGAUGCAGCGAUGGAUAGGACGCAAAGCCUCACCUCAGUAAUCAAUACUCAGUCCGAGGCAGAAGUACCAAAAAAUACCCACCGUGUACCUGCUGGAGAAGAAAAAACUAUCCGGUUUUCAGCAAAUGAUGCAGCAAUGGAUAUGACGCAAAGCCUCCCCACAAGAUUUGAACCUAGUCAAGAUGCGGUGGAAAAUCCAGAUGCUGUCAACUCAGAAGAAACUCAAAAUAGCAAAGAAGCUGAGUUGAGGAAUAAAACUAGUCCCUUAUCGCAAAAGUUAAGUUCACCCAGUACCGGUGACCAUGGCAGACAUUCAAGUCCCUCAAGGAAGUCUAGACGGUCAAGUAUUGCUGAUCUUCAGUUAAAAUUAAAGCGCUUAAGUCACAUAAUGACCUCUGAGGUCAUUCCUCCAAAUGACGUAGCGACGGAUGUGACGCAAAGGCUCACCUCAGUAAUUGAUACUCAGCUCAAGACAGAAGUACCCAAAAAUAUUUGUCAUGUACCUGCUGGAGAAGAAAAAAUGAUCCGGUUUUCAGCAAAUGAUGCAGCGAUAGAUAGGACACAAAGCCUCACCUCAGUAAUCGAUACUCAGUCCGAGGCAGAAGUACCAAAAAAUAUCCACCGUGUACCUGCUCGAGAAGAAAAAACGAUCCGGUUUUCAGCAAAUGAUGCAGCGAUGGAUAUGACGCAAAGCCUCCCCACAAGAUUUGAACCUAGUCAAGAUGCGGUGGAAAGUCCAGAUGCUGUCAGCUCAGAAGAAACUCAAAAUAGCAAAGAAGCUGAAUUGAGGAAUAAAACUAGUCCCUUAUCGCAAAAGUUAAGUUCACCUAGUACCGGUGACCAUGGCAGACAUUCAAGUCCCUCAAGGAAGUCUAGACGGUCAAGUAUUGCUGAUCUUCAGUUAAAAUUAAGGCGCUUAAGUCACAUAAUGACCUCUGAGGUCAUUCCUCCAGACAGCACUGCAUUUUUGCCUAAUUUGGAUUCUGACGCUGACAAAAGCACAAAAUGCAACAACGACCUUUCGGUAUCGGAAUUCGUGCCGGAUAUUAAAGCUGGCUCAGGAAACGCAGAGGAUUCCGUAACACAAUCCGGUCCGCAAGGGUCUGUAGGAUCCCCUUUUGCGUUCAAGACAACAGAGCUGAUGUCAACACUGUCAACUGGAGGCUUUAAGCAAAAACUCCCACAAAGAAAAACUCGAUCCAGCCAAAGCAACUCUCAGGAGAAAUCUGUGAGUUGGACGAAAAUUGACAAUAUUGUCGAUAAACUGAAAACGUGGAACGACGGUGACGUGCGUAACAUUUGUGAUGAAGAGCUCGUUAGCUGCGACGAGUCAUUCCAAACAAUGGACGACAAAAGUCCCCCCAAGGAAAAUUCAUUUAUUAUGGAAGAGUUUAGCAUCGAUGAAGUCUUCCUUAAAAAUGUUCUUCGAGAAAACAGCCCAGAUGGAGUCCAGGGAACCAAAAGAUGCUUGGCAUCAGAUGAACACAAUACAGAGAACAAAAAAAAAAUGAAAGCGUCCAGCGUGAUGCUCCCUGAGGCUGUUGCAACGGAAAUACAGGCUCAAGUUCUCGAAAUUGAUCAUCGUGCGGACACCAUCACAGUUCCAUCCUCGUCAAACCAGACGAUGGAUUCUUCCAGCAGUACUCGCUCAAACAUCAGCUCGUGUGACGCUACAUUUAAUCCGACUUUUAAACACAGCAUGAUGGAAUCUCAUUUUGAAGAUCGUGAAGUGCAGAAAUUAAAGGAUGGCAGUAUAACCGUGCUUGAGUUCUUAAGACUGUUCAACAUGGACUUUGUGAUCCAUGAACCUAGGCAAAGCAUCCUUCCUGACAAAUUUCCACAUGCCACCGGUUGCUCGGCAAUGGAUGUGUUAAAAAACAGACAUGUAUAUCACCCUAAAAAAAUGGUCUAUGAAGCUGAUUUCAACAACCUCUCUGAAAAGGUGGAAGGGCUGAAUUACAGAAUGUUGGACAAAAACAAAUCUCUCAAGGUGAUCAAUUACCAAUUGUGGGCAGAUUUGAAAGACUGGACAGAAAAGGAGAUCAAAUCUUUUGGUAUAAAACUAAAAGAAAGGCACAAUUUCUACAGAAAGAUGAGCAAAAUCCACAGAAAUGAAAUGAAGGAGGUCCUGUAUUCAAACCUUGUACAGACUCUUAAGGAUGAGCAGCAGAAGUUCAAAAGUGCAAUUGAAUCGAACGAGAUGAUCAAAAUUCUGGAUGAUUGCAUUUGUGAUUUGGAAGCAGAACUAGCUGCAGUUGAACACAAAGGAAGUGAAGACAUGCCAAGUCUGAAGUCACUUCAAGAAGAGAUGAUAAAAGUCAAUGAGGCAUUGGAUGAGAAAAACCGACAAAUAUGUGGACUGGAGUUGGAGAAAACUCAAGCUUCAGGAAAAUUGGUCAGGUUGAAAGCUGAGACCAAAAAUCUUCAGAGCUUCAUCGGCGUGCUUGAGAAGCUGACCGAAUGGAGAGUCCGAGAAAAGACGGAAACACACACCCUGUACACUUUCCUCUACGACACAUUGUGUUUACAGCUGGUGCACGCAGGAGAACCUGAUCGGAAAAUAUCCCAGAUCAAUUUCAAAUUUGUCCUUGAUGAUGAAAAGUCACAGAGCCACGCACGCAUUGCUCACAAACUGCUGUCUCAGCAUAUCGAGCGUGAAACAGCCUGGGUGGAGAAGUACCCAACAAAUAGUUACAUCCCAAAGCUGCUCCACGACUUGUCCUUGGUGGUGAGUACCUGUCGGCUCUUGGGGGAGGAGUUACGACUCCUGAAAAUGUGGGGAGGUUUACGGCUCAACAUUGUGGACAUCAGCUGUCAGGACACUCGGGUAAAUAUCGUCUUCAGCAGUCUGAGGAGACGUUCCAGGUUUGAGGUCGUUUUGUCAGUCGGCUUGGCCAAACAGUGCUAUGUUCUUCAUGUGCAUAGCUUUCAAAACUUCUUUGGAGACGCAAGGGUUGAGCAAAUUGACCAGAUUCUCAAGUCAUUCUCCACUGGCAGAAACUUAUUGACAAAGACUAUCAAAAAGAUCAACUGUGAUUUACUUUGUUGAAAGUUGUACAAUAUGCCCCUUUGUAAAAGGUCUUUGGAUUCCUAUCUGCAGAAUUGUGUUGUUUUGGCAGGCUGCAGUUCCCUCAUUCACCUGUAGAUGACAAUGAUGUUCUACUUAGUUUUGGUUCCCAAAUUAUGAUGUUGAGGUUAGUGGUUUUGUAGUAAUGUUUGGAAUUCUCUUGUUACUGCAGUGAAUAUGUUUUUGUCAGAUUUUAUUUUUGUUAAAGACCCAUUGGCGUGUAUUAUCCAUAUUCAAAUAAACAUUUUGGAAUUA